AGUUGAUUGGAUUGCCAUGAGAUGAACUUGGCGUCGCAUGUGAGUGUGCGAGCAAGUGUGGCAAGUGAUUUAUGAGUCCCCCGUGCUGAUAUGGGAUACGCUAUACGCGAUGGAUAUACAAUAGAUACAAUGUCAUUAGCGUCCUCCUCGAUACAGUAUGCGUUUUGUAGAUGAAAACUCUAUAUUUUGAUUGCCAAUUUUAAAUUAAUCCGAUUGAAAGUAAGGAAAAGUCAUUAAUGUAACAUCAAUAGCGAAAAUGGCUUGAAAGAUAAUUAGUUAUUGCAAAUUAAUACAAAUUUACCUUUUGUUAGCUUAUAAUAAAUAUUUUGCAUUUAUUCAAUUACAUUUUUAAAUUGAUAAAAUUUCAUUUAAAUUUCGAUGCUUUUUACUUAAGAAUAGUCCUAGAUUAUUAAUCCAAAUCCAAGGUUAGGAAAUGAUGAGUAUAUUAUGGCUUUCCAAAUUGCAAAGUAUUGGAGCUCACUGUAUAUUUCCAAACCCCAAAAAAGGCAGGCUCUGGCACUUUAAAAACUAGUAACUUCCGGCACCAUUACCCAUAGAAUUGACAAAAAUUAAAUAAAUUUACACAACUGGAUUUGAUUACGAGAACCCGAGUAGAACCAUGAUACAGCCGACGGAGCAGAUCUUCACGUGUGGGUUCGAGAUCUUUGGACGAGUGCAGGGCGUGUGCCUAAGGAAGCAGACGCGGGAUUUGGCCACUUUGAACAAGGUGCGCGGAUGGGUGAUGAACACGGACGAGGGCACGGUCAAGGGGCAACUGGAGGGCACUCUGCCCAAGGUCAACGAGCUCAAGUUCUGGCUGUUGAAUUUUGGAAGUCCGCGGGCGAUUAUCGAACGGGCGGAGUUCACGCCCACCAAGGAGAUCACCUCGCACUCCUUCAGUCGCUUCUCGAUUCGCUACCACCAUGUUCCCGCCCCGAAAAUGGCCAUUUGAAAUGGAGGACAUAUGUCUAGUAACAAAAUCGUAACUGUGCUGUUCGUUGUAACUGUUCGUUUCGGCCUUUAAAUUGAGCUGCCAAUAGACCCGAGCUGUGCUUCUGCGAACAUCAUUUAUAAACCUCAAAAGUGAAAAACAGGCUGGCUGCCAGCCACUAAUUAAGCCGCACAAAGAAAUGCUCAACGCAAUUACAUAGGGGCUGGCACAUCCACUAUGUAUUUAUAUACAUAUAUAUAUACAAAAGUAUAUACGAGCAUGUGAGAUGACUUGGUUAGACAGACACCUGCAGCUUCAGCUUCAGCUUUAGCUUUAGCCGUAGCUUCAGUUUCAGCUUCGGCUUGGCCACAUUUCCAGUUGAGCGACGCCCCAAACUGGCAAUGAGUUUUUACGACACACAAACAGCAGCCAACAGCCGUGAGUUGAAGCAACAGACAGUACUGGGUAUACGGAAUAUAUAGAAUAACAGCGGAGGGCAACAAAUAUUUAUCGCCAAACACUAGCAAGAGCAGGGAUUGUAAAUUAUGGUUGAAGCUGGAAAAAAUCUUGGAGCUUUAUGUCUAAAUUUUAACGAUAGAAAAUAUAUAUUGGAGAAAUUUCA